CUCCCAAAACCUCUCCCCUCUAGGGUUUUUCUGUCUGGAGAAGCUAUCUCACUUGACCCUGUAUCUCUCUGUCUCUCUCUUCCCCAUUAGUAUUCGUCGUGACCUUUUCGUAGUCGUAAGCAAUGAAGAUUAAGACGUUAUCAAGAUCGGUUGAUGAAUACACUCGAGAAAGAAGUCAGGAUCUUCAGAGGGUCUUUCACAACUUCGACCCAAGUCUUCGACCUAUGGAGAAGGCUGUGGAAUACCAGAGAGCUCUUACAGCUGCUAAAUUAGAAAAGAUAUUUGCAAGGCCCUUUGUUGGAGCAAUGGAUGGGCAUCGUGAUGGAGUCUCAUGUAUGGCGAAGAACCCAAAUUACCUCAAAGGAAUCUUCUCUGCUUCUAUGGAUGGAGAUAUUCGCCUUUGGGAUAUCUCUUCAAGGCGUACUGUUUGCCAAUUCCCUGGUCAUCAAGGUGCUGUGCGUGGUCUUACAGCAUCAACCGAUGGCAAUGUAUUGGUUUCAUGCGGAACUGAUUGCACUGUUCGUUUGUGGAAUGUUCCUCGUCCUACCCUAGAAGAUUCUACCAUUUCAUCUGAGAAUUCCAUUGAGCCUUCUGCAACUUAUGUCUGGAAGAAUGCUUUCUGGGCUGUUGAUCAUCAGUUUGAAGGUGACCUUUUUGCUACGGCCGGAGCUCAACUUGAUAUAUGGAAUCAUAAUAGGUCUCAGCCAGUUCAGAGUUUCCAGUGGGGAACUGACUCUGUAAUAUCUGUUCGGUUUAAUCCUGGAGAGCCUGAUAUAUUAGCUACAUCUGCUAGCGACCGCAGCAUAACCAUAUAUGAUCUCCGUAUGUCUUCUGCGGCUAGAAAAAUUAUUAUGAUGACCAAAACAAAUUCAAUUGCAUGGAACCCCAUGGAGCCUAUGAACCUGACAGCUGCUAAUGAAGAUGGAAGUUGCUAUAGCUUUGAUGGUAGAAAGUUGGACGAAGCCAAGUGCGUGCAUAAAGAUCAUGUUUCUGCAGUGAUGGAUAUUGACUUUUCACCAACUGGUCGUGAAUUUGUUACGGGUUCUUAUGAUCGAUCUGUUAGAAUCUUCCCAUACAAUGGAGGUCACAGCAGGGAAAUCUACCAUACAAAGAGGAUGCAGAGAGUAUUCUGUGUCAAGUAUAGCUGUGAUGCUACAUAUGUAAUAUCGGGCAGUGAUGACACCAAUCUCAGGCUAUGGAAGGCAAAAGCAUCAGAGCAAUUGGGAGUUAUUCUUCCAAGGGAACAGAAGAAGCAUGAGUACAACGAGGCUGUGAAGAACCGGUACAAGCAUCUUCCUGAGGUUAAGCGCAUUGUGAGACACAGGCACUUGCCAAAACCAAUAUACAAAGCAAUGGCGAUCAUCCGAACCGUGAACGAUUCGAAGAGAAGAAAAGAAGCUCGAAGGAAAGCUCACAGUGCUCCAGGAACAGUGGUCACAAAACCUCUGCGCAAAAGAAAGAUCAUCAAAGAAGUCGAGUGAGUUUACUCUUUCUCCGUUUGUUUCUAUCAAGGAUGAUGAUACUUUGUGGGGACUGUUUUGGUAUAGUGAGGGUAAGAUUAGGAAUCAUAACAUUUUUGCUGUGUUGUAAGCCUCUUUCGGGUUAUACCCAUUUCGGUUUUUCUCUUUACAUUUCAUUGUGUUCAUGAAUUACUUUUGGGUGUUAUGAAGCUGAUCUAAGUAAUAUUUUGAUUCCAAAGAUUAAUUCAGUAUGAAA